UCAUUCACUCACCUUCCAAUUCCAAAGACCUACGACCUUCAGAGAAAUCGAAAUACUAAAUUAUUCUCUCUUUUUACCCGCACAAUGGGCUGAGAGAUUUCACAGGAUGUGUAUCAGACUGCUAACAUUUCAAAAACAGAAAUAUAAUACAUAAAAUCAUAUCAGUGAGUAUACACUAUUUUGGAGUUUUUAAAAAAUCCAACAGCUAACAAUACAGUUAAUGAGUAAGUAAACCCUUAAAUUUUGAACAACUAGAUGUUAUCUGACAGGGUUAGGGUUACCGUACUUGCUACUACUGUACUAAUUCAUUUUCACAAUAUCUUUGGUCGAAGUUCUGUUUACGGUAUGUCAUCUUUUUCUGAUUUGUAAUCAUUGACACACACUUUCACAGUUUCACAGAUCCUCAUUAUCAUUAUUAGUUCUACAACAACUGUCAGAAUCCAGAAUGUUAUGUUGUGCUGAUUCAAAAACUGCGCUCAGUCAGAUGCAAAAAAGGUCAACAUGCCACAGGAAUGAAACUGCAGGCGGUAACCAUGCAUGGACAAGGCGAAGGAUCAUUAAGAUGGGAGUGUCAAACCUCAGGUCGUCUGUUCUGACUAAAGGCCAGAUAAAAGCCUUGGCUGCCUGCUUACCUUCACUGCAGUGUGGGCCCAGAACAGAUGAUGAGCAUUUUGACCAAAUGUGGUGCAAGGAAAGGUUAAAUGUGUGCCAAUUCUGCACAACUACCCAAAUGAACAUAAUCCCAUCCUUAGCAGUAACAGCUGGAGCCGAGAGGACGAGAAGGCGGCCUCACCAGCCAGACAGCAGCCAGUUGCUGCUGGUGACUCCAGUCCACCCAGAGCAGAUCGACAUACUGGCCCUGGCUAACACCCAGAAUCACUUCAACAUCAUGGAGUUUGAGGGGAGGAAGUUUGUGAGAGUCACCUCCACUGUUCACUCACCUGAUGGAAGACAGAGUCAGAGCAAAUGGAGAGUGUCUGACUACAAUCUGGACGGUCAGAUGAUCCUGUCUGUGAUCUGCACCAUGGCCAUGGACAUGUUAUUCAUCAGUGAAGAGAGAACGCAGGCAGAGCAGGAAGAGAGCAGGAUGGCCACCUGAGUAAAGAAGCAGAGGAGAAUUUUCUCUAAAAAUAUUCAUAUACUGUAUAUUGAUUAAUAUCAGA